AUGCCCUCCUCACUCGCCGACUACCUGGCGAAGAACUACCUCACGGCGGACCCCGGCACGACAGCCGAGCGCCCAAAGAAAAAGCGCAAGAAGAGCAAACACCAGCCCGCCGAAACCGACGGGCUGAUCAUCGCCGACGACGACCCGCCGGACCUGCGCACCGCAGCGACCAACACCAACGCCGAUGACGAAGACGGCCCGGCCGUAGUGGCGGCCCGCAGCGCGGAGUUCCGACGCGCGAAGAAAUCCAACUGGAAGGUCGUGGGCGGGGACCAGGACGCGGCGGACGCGAUCAUCGCGUCGGCGGCGGCGGAGAACGCAGCCCGGCGCAAGGAGCAGGGGGUAGACGACGACGAGGAGGACGGGGACGGGCCGACGGUCGCGGACGAGGACGACGGGCUGCGGAUGGAGUCCGGGGCGCGGGCGGGGCUGCAGACGGCGGAGCAGACGGCGGCGAUGGUGGCGGCGCAGGAGCGACGGAAGAAGCGCGAGGCGGCGCAGUACCAGGGGCGCGGGGGCGGCGAUGAACCGGCGCAGGAGACGAUUUAUCGAGACGCGUCGGGGCGGAUCAUCAACGUGGCGAUGAAGCGGGCGGAGGCGCGGCGGGCGGAGGAGGAAGCGCGGGAGAAGGAGGAACGCGCGCGCGAGGCGCUCAUGGGCGAUGUGCAGCGGGCGGAACGGGAGGCGCGCCGGCAGCAGAUCCAGGAGGCGCGGGCGAUGCCGUUGGCGCGCACGGCCGAGGACGACUCGUUGAACGAGGAGCUCAAGGCGCAGCAGCGGUGGAAUGAUCCCGCGGCGCAGUUCCUAACGAACGUGCAGGGCCCGGGAAAGAGUGCGACGGGCAAGCCGUUGCACCGCGGGGCGUUCCAGCCGAAUCGGUAUGGCAUCCGGCCUGGGCAUCGCUGGGAUGGCGUCGAUCGGAGUAAUGGGUUCGAGAAGGAGUGGUUUGCGGCGCGGAAUCGGAAGGGGAGAUUGGAGGCGUUGGAUUACCAGUGGCAGAUGGAUGAGUAG